GAGGAGAUAUUCGAGCAAAUUUAUGACUAUAAAAGGCUUAUGUUAGCAAAGAAGAGAGCACAUGGGGGCAGCAAAAGAGGGGGAAAUCUAGCUAAUACGUACCAGAAAUUAAUAUCCAAGAAAGUGUAUUAUUCCAUCGCUGAUAGGGAAGUGGGAAUAUUUGGAGAUUUUGAGUCUUGGAGGUUCUCGAAAUAUAAAGUGGGGGCAAGGAUCGAUUUGAAGAAUCUAGUGAUAAUAUUGGAAGGAUGCAAAAACCUUGAUUAUUUAGAUACAAGAGGCUCCUUAGGUUUUGACUCUAAUGAAAAGGUACUGGAGCUAACUUCGCAUAUUGAGACAUUCAAGUGUGAAGGUUCAAUGCUGGAGGAUAAGCUGCAAUUCACGACUUUUUUGAAAGAACUACAUGAAAAUUUCGACGGAGAUUUGGUAAAAAAAUAUAGUGAAUCGUUACAUGAGUAA